GAUAAGGAAGUUCAACUUUAAUUUGUCUUUUUGUGUUCAUUGUGCAGCCUGGCCUCCCAUGAAGGUGUUAAUCAGGUGGAGUUCAAACAAAACCAAAAAAAGGUGUGUAACUUUAACAACUGAAAAACGUAGCAACAACUAGGAACUGAGGUAAUGACAACAGGGAGAUACAGACAGUACUGCAAAUAUUCAGUUAGAUAUUAAAAUGCAAAGCUUUAGUGACAAGACUUGAAAAUGCUCUGUGUUUAUUCUGGUAUGCUGAACAGUAAACUCCUCCCAUAAAGGUGUUAGUUAGGUGGGGUUCAAACAAAUAAAAAAAGGUGUGUAACGCUGACAUCUGAAAUACAUAGCAGCAACACGGACAUGAGAUAAUGACAACCAGAGAGAUACAGGCAGUACUGCAAAUAUUCAGGUAGAAAUUAAAAGGCACAGCUUUUAGUCUUGUAUGCUGGUGUGCUGAACAGUAUUACUAUAUUUCAGAAAAAGUUCCAGGGUUAUUUAUGAAACAAAAAAUGAAACUCUAGCAAUGGUAUGGUUGUCUUGAAAUCUAACAAAUAGGGUCAAUAUUAGAUGUGGUUAUUAUUGAUUUAAAUAUAAAAUACAUUUGUUUAAGUGGAAAUGCGAAAUUAUGACGAUAUUACGUAUUUUUUGGGUGACUGGGGUUUAUUCCAAAAGACUAUAUUUUUACUAUUAAGCAUUAGUACUAUCCCUAAUGGUUAUGUGGGGAUGUCCAUGGUAUUUCUGGCUGACAUCCCACCACACCGCUGCAAACUGCCAUACCUUAACGGGACCGGCGUAUAUUUGAAUCAGUCUUUACCAACGCAAGUGAUAAAUGGAGAAAUGAUUUACAGCAGAUGCUCUCGGUACAAAUGGGUCAAUACUUCUAGGACAGAAUUUUUAAAUGACACAGAAAGCUGCUUGGAUGGCUGGGAGUACAGCACAGAAAGAUACACCUCCACCAUAGUUACAGAGUGGAAUCUGGUGUGUGAAAAGGACUGGAAAGCACCAUUAAGUACCUCUAUAUUUUUUGUUGGUGUGCUCGUAGGCUGCAUUGCAUCAGGACAUCUCUCUGACAGAUAUGGCAGGAAGGUGGUCCUCUUUCUCACCAUGGCGCUGCAGACUGUCUUCAGUCUCAUUCAGGUCUUCUCUAAUAGCUGGGAGAUGUUUUGUGUUCUCAACUUUUUGAUCGGACUUGGACAGAUCUCAAAUUAUGCUUCAGCUUUUGUUUUAGGCACUGAGCUCCUUGGCAAAUCUUCACGAGUCGCAUAUUCAACCCUUGGAAUCUGCGUAUUUUAUGGGCUGGGCUACAUUAUUCUUCCCCUGUUAGCAUAUUGUCUUCGAGGCUGGAGGAUGCUGCUGCUUGCGAUGUCCCUUCCAGGACUGCUUUAUAUACCAUUGUGGUGGUUUAUACCCGAGUCACCAAGAUGGCUGCUUUCCCAAGGCCGAGUUGAAGAAGCAGAAGCAAUCAUUCGAGGAGCUGCUGAGAAAAAUGGCGUUACACCACCGGAGAAUAUAUUUAGUGAAGAGGAAUCUAUGGAGUUUUUGCAGCUAACCUCUAAAGAGAAGAGCCAACAUUCAUACACCUACAUUGAUCUUAUUAGAACUACUAACAUAAGGAAUGUGAGCAUUAUUACCUUCUUCAUCUGGAUGGUUGUUACCAUCGGCUACUAUGGCUUAUCCUUGAGCACUCCAAACAUGAUUGGGGAUCCAUAUAUAAACUGCUUCAUUGCAGCUGCUACAGAGAUUGCAGCCUACAUUUUGACCUGGGGCAUCUUAAAAUGUACUCCCCGGCGCAUUGCCUUUUCCAGCACGUCACUUCUUGGUGGAGCUGUGCUACUGCUCAUCCAGCUGGUUCCUUCCAACCUUCAAAUACUGAGCACUGUACUGGCGAUGGCAGGAAAAUUUGGAAUCAGUGCAGCCUUUUCUAUAGUGUAUGUCUUUGCAGCAGAGCUCUUUCCCACAGUCGUUCGGAACAUGGGGGUGGGUGUGUGCUGCAUGGCAUCCAGGAUUGGUGGCAUCAUCGCUCCAUACAUCGCCUUCAUCGGAACAUAUAAUAAGGUCCUGCCUUACAUCCUGAUGGGAAGCAUUACAAUAGCUAUAGGUCUCCUGUCCCUAUUUCUACCGGAAACAAGAGGUCUGCCUCUGCCUGAGAAAAUCAGUCAAGUACCCCCACUUACAUGCUGCUGCAGCAGAACAGACCCAUCUCCUGAAAUUGGGUUGGACGAUAACAGCAAAAGAAUUACUGGUCAGCACAGCUCUUCAGAUCUAUAAGUGGAGGAAUCCAUACCAAUAGGAUAUUUGACCUUUUCAGUAAAUAUUUUUCACAUUUUUCAGUGCAGUUUUUUGUAAUUUAUAGAUAUGACAUUUUGAGAUAUAACUGGCUUUGCCAAAAAAAGUAGCAACUGUAGUGCAAAACAAACAUAUUGUUUUAUUUAUAUGAUGUAUUGCUAUAUAUGUGUUUUAGGGGUUGGCUUUGAACUAGCAGAUAUUACACAGGUUGAGGAACAAUAAUAUUAAUAUUAUGUUAAUACACAAUUUCAGGAAAGACUACAAGGUACUAAAAAGUAAUUCCAGCUACCUCACAGAUUACUGUUGUUGGCGGUUUGGCAUAUGCUAAUGUAGAUACUUAUAAAGGCAUUAUAUCAGGAAGUUUCAAAAGUCCUUCGUCAGCUGGAUGGAAAAAGCAAUGCUUUAUAUUGUUUUAAUUAUUGUUUUAACUUGUACCUUAAUAAUUGUUUUAACUUAUAUAUAAAAACAAUACAGUAAAAAACAGCUAAUUUAUUAAAUGUCACAGAAAAAUAAUAAUAAUAAAAAAAAUCCUUUUCACAACCUAGUAUUGUAUGUUUUUUUU